CCCCAGCCCGCUCACGCCGGAAGUGGUUUGCGUUUUCAAGAUGGCGACUCCCUAUGUAACUGACGAGACCGGCGGCAAGUACAUCGCUUCAACACAGCGACCUGACGGGACCUGGCGAAAGCAGCGGAGGGUGAAAGAAGGCUAUGUGCCCCAGGAGGAGGUCCCAGUGUAUGAGAACAAGUAUGUGAAGUUUUUCAAGAGUAAACCAGAAUUGCCCCCUGGCCUGAGCCCAGAGGCCACUGCCUCCGUCACCGCAUCCAGGCCCGAAGGCGGUGAGCCCGCCCUCUCCAAGACCGCCAAACGCAACCUGAAGCGGAAGGAGAAGAGGCGGCAGCAGCAAGAGAAAGGGGAGGCGGAGGCCUUGAGCCGGACUCUUGAGAAGGUGUCCCUGGGAGAGACAGCCCAGGUCCCCAGUGCCCCACAGGCCUCCCGGGCAGCGCCUACGGCCGCCUCAGACCAGCCCGACUCAGCUGCCACCACUGAGAAGGCCAAGAAGAUAAAGAACCUAAAGAAGAAGCUUCGGCAGGUGGAAGAGCUCCAGCAGCGGAUCCAGGCUGGAGAGAUCAGCCAGCCCAGCAAAGAGCAGCUGGAGAAGCUAGCGAGGAGGAGGGCGUUGGAGGAGGAGCUUGAGGACUUGGAGCUGGGCCUGUGAGGCCCUGGGGAUUAGGGGAUGGACCGCAGAAUAAACCGUGGGCUCUCUGGGGUCCUGGGGAGCGUGGGCAGCAGCAGCCGGCAGGGGUGUCCCCGGACUGGCUCACUUCCACUUCUCAUGGCCCAACUCCGUCCUCCAGAGCCUAGCCUCUCCCUCAUUCCUUCCCUUUUGUCCCUAACUCCUGUUUUUUUGGACUUCUCUCUCUCUCUCUCCUAUCCCCAGUGUUCACGAUCUCAGUGACUAUCCCAGGUACCUUUGCUGCUGAUUUGGGUGUCUUGUUUAAAAGAAAAUUGGGUGGGUGGGAGUCUCUUGGAGAACUGAGGUUGAGGACUGGGGGAGCACGCCCAAGUCUUGGAGUCUUGGUUCCUGUUCACAGUGUUUAUGGGUUAUCUCCCCUUCCAUCCCUCACCUCUUUUUUUUUUUUUUUUUUCCUUUUUUUAAAAAGAACAGAAUAAACUCAAGUAGACAACAUGUCUUGCUUUGUCUCUUUUCUUUUCAGCUUCUAGUAGUUGUUUUAUCCUCUUCAUUUGGGCACAGGAAGCUAAGUGUUCAGAGUAGUGUUCUUUUUUGCUUUUUAAAAAUUACAUGUAUCACCAAAUUAGCAACACUGACUUUGGUACAUGUUUGUCAGACUUCAGUGGACAGAAAUUAGUGUUAUAAUAAAAUGUAACUUAGAACAAAUUUAAUUUGAUAUUAAUUUGCAUGUAUUAUCAUUAUUGUGCUGCCUAGCAAUGGAGCCCUAGUAUCUCCCUUACUCUUUAUUUCUGAAAAUCAUCAAUCAGGGAUUGAGCCUGGCCCGCUGCAGUGAGAGCACCCAGUCCUAACCGCUGGAGCACCAGGGAAGUCCCAGGACAGCUCUUUUGAAGUUUUACCUUGUUAGAUGCCACCCCAAGAUGGCAUUGUGGGGCAAAUAAGAAGAGGAAUUUACAGCCGAAAUUAAGCUGUCACUUAAUUUUCACAUAUCCUCUGAUUUCCACACAUUCACUUAGCCCAAUCUUUCUAGCCAACUACCAGAAUAGAAGGGAAGUCAGCCUUAAUGAACUAUCUGAAGAGUUCAAAAGUUCUUAACUGUUAAGGUCCCACUCAAUCCGGCCUUAUUUCUUGCCAUUCCUUAACCCUGGUCAAAUGGCUUCAAUUCGCUGAACUACUUUCAGUUCAUCGAAUGAGCCAUAUUCUCUCUGAGCGUAGUCCUUUGUCCCUGAUAGCUCCUCUGCCAAGAAUAUUCUUGCUGAUCCCUUCUCUUUAAUCAAUUCUUUCUUAACCUCUGGAUCUCUGCCUAAAUGUUAUCUUCCCUGGGAAGACUUCCGUUACCCUCAAAUAUUAAUUUAGGGGUCUUUUUUUUUUCUGCAUCCAGGAUCUUAGUUCCCUGACCAGGAGCCAAGCCCAUACCCCAUGCAGUGGAAACCCAGAGUCUUAAUCACCGGACCACCAGGGAAGUCCUCUAGGUGUCUUAAUUUCCUUCCUUAACACUCCACCCUUAGUGUUUAUAAUGCCAUUUAUUACAUUACGCUGUCACACUUAUUUUCUUGUUAGCUGUCCUCCUCCUCAUUAGAUCAUGCGCUCCUGGAGCAUUAGGCUUGUGUUUAUUAUCGUUGCAUCCCAAUGCCUAAUGUAGUGAAUUCUCAAAUAUUUGGCUGAACGAAUGAAGCCACAAGCCUUGUGGAGAAACAGAAGAUGAGGGAAAAUUUGUGCCUUGCACACCUGAGAGGUUAAUGAGAACUUGACUGGCCACCUCAGUGUGAGACCAAAGCCCAAGUCCCCUUGUAAAGUGAAAGUGAAGUCACUCAGUCGUGUCCGACCCUUUGCGACCCUGUGGACUGUAGGCCACCAGGCUCCUCCGUCUGUGGGAUUUCCCAGGCAAGAAUACUGGAGUGGGUUGCCAUUUCUUUCUCCAGCGGAUCCUCCCAACCCAGGGAUCAAACCCGGGUCUCCCGCAUUGCAAGCAGACGCUUUAACCUCUGAGCCAAGGCCCCCACAGUUAUGAAGAUUUUAAAUAAGAUUUAAUUAACUUAUAAGUAGGUGUUUGAUGAUUUGUAAAUUCAUAGGUUACAGAGGAAUCUAUACUUUAAGAAUUUUUUUUUUUGGCCAUGCCACGUGGCUUGUGAAAUCUCAGUUGCCUGAGCAGGGGUUGAACCCAGGCCAUGACAGUGAGAGCCUGGACUCCUAACCACUAGGCAACCCAGAAAGUCCCUAUGCUCUCAAAACUAUUAUUAGGGAGAGGCUAUUUGCUUUGCAACAGGAUUUCUCACAGUAAACCUUUAAAUAUCCUGGAUCUUUGGUUUGGUUAAAGUUUAUUUUGAUUAUUUGUUGGAUCUUAAUCAUUGGGCUAGUUUAGAGAGAGGCAGUUAUGAGCACAGUGUAUUAAUGUUGGUGCAAAUGUAAUUGUGGUUUUUGCAUUGUUGAACUUUACUGUUUGAUAUUGGAAUACAUUCUUAAAUAAAUGUGGUUAUGUUAUAAUCAUGUUAA